CACCAUCCCGUCUUUGAGUCCAAGACCACAAACACCUCCUCUCCUGUCUUUAUAAGCAAACGCCGUCCCAUUCUGUGCUCGGGAAGCCGAGAAACUACCCAGCCACCAUUGCAGCAAUGGCCGCUCUCUCUGGUUCUUCUCUCCCCACUAGCCCCAUCCUCCAGAAGCAGGCCGAUCAUCAGUCCCCUUCCUCCCAAUUUUUCGCCACCAUCAAGAGCAUACCCACCACCACCACCAGCAGGAGGAGCAUCAAGGUCUCGGCGGUACACGCAGCCGAGCCUCUGAAAGCCCCAGAGAAGGAAAAGAAGACCUCCCCACCAUCCUCUGGCAAAUGGACGCUCGAUGGAUGGAAGAGCAAGAAGGCGCUCCAGCUCCCUGAGUACCCCAACCAGGAGGCCCUCCAGACCGUGCUUAAAACCCUGGAGUCGUUUCCUCCCCUUGUGUUUGCAGGAGAGGCCAGGCACCUGGAGGAGAAGCUUGCUGACGCUGCCAUGGGAAAGGCUUUCCUUCUCCAAGGUGGGGAUUGUGCAGAGAGCUUCAAGGAGUUCAAUGCCAACAAUAUAAGGGAUACCUUCAGGAUCCUUCUUCAGAUGGGAGCUGUCCUCAUGUUUGGAGGCCAGAUGCCUGUCGUCAAGGUGGGAAGAAUGGCUGGUCAAUUUGCAAAACCAAGAUCUGACCCAUUCGAGGAGAAGAACGGAGUGAAGCUUCCAAGCUACAGAGGCGACAAUGUGAAUGGAGAUGCAUUUGAUGAGAAAUCACGGGUCCCAGAUCCUGAGAGGAUGAUUAGAGCUUACUGCCAAUCUGCCGCAACUCUCAACCUUCUAAGGGCAUUUGCUACUGGUGGUUAUGCUGCAAUGCAGAGGGUGACUCAAUGGAACCUUGACUUCACUGAGCACAGUGAGCAAGGCGACAGGUACAUUGAGCUAGCCCACAGGGUCGAUGAGGCAUUGGGUUUCAUGUCAGCGGCAGGAUUGACAGUUGACCAUCCGAUCAUGACUACCACUGAAUUCUGGACCUCACAUGAGUGCCUGUUAUUGCCUUACGAGCAAGCCCUGACAAGGGAGGACUCGACUUCUGGCCUCUACUAUGACUGCUCGGCUCACAUGCUCUGGGUUGGUGAACGGACACGCCAACUCGAUGGUGCCCAUGUUGAAUUUUUGCGUGGGGUUGCUAAUCCUCUUGGAAUCAAGGUGAGCGAUAAGAUGGAUCCCAACGACCUUGUUAAGCUCAUUGAGAUUUUGAACCCACAAAACAAACCUGGAAGAAUCACUAUAAUCUGUAGAAUGGGUGCUGAGAACAUGAGGGUGAAGCUUCCACAUCUCGUAAGGGCAGUUCGCAGAGCAGGUCAAAUCGUCACAUGGGUGAGCGACCCCAUGCAUGGGAAUACCAUCAAAGCUCCAUGCGGUCUGAAAACGAGGCCUUUUGAUGCAAUUUUGGCCGAGGUACGUGCAUUCUUUGAUGUUCAUGAGCAAGAAGGAAGCCACCCGGGAGGUAUUCAUCUUGAGAUGACCGGACAGAAUGUCACUGAGUGCAUUGGUGGAUCGAGGACUGUGACAUACGAUGACUUGAGCUCCCGAUACCACACACACUGUGAUCCUAGGCUCAACGCUUCGCAGUCUCUUGAGCUUGCAUUCAUCAUUGCUGAGCGCCUUCGGAAAAGGAGGAUUGCAUCAAACCCACUAAGCCCUCCUAUUCCUGCUGCAAUUUGAGUUAUUUUAUUGCUUGUACUGCUGUUGUCCUUUAAGUUUGGCUAGUAAGUAGUAACCGUUCCUUGAGUUAAAUCAUGAGAGUUCUCUUUCGUAAUUUAUAAGAGAAUAAAUAACGAAGCAGGAGAUGUUGAGUUA